ACUCCCAAGUCCCAAACUCCAAGCCGAACACGGCACUUUAUCGUGGUCGUGGCAGUCUCUGCGCAUCCGAUGUACUCUACUCCAAUCCAAGCAAUGGCAAAGCAAACCCAGCCAGGAACAAGAAAACUCAGAAAUGAGGAAUUCGAAUAAUAGUAGAUCCCAGUAGUAAAUCCUCCGCCCCCUCCCCUGCUGGCUGCUGCACCUGUUCCUCUCCCUCGUUCCGCCGUCCAAUUCCAAACCCCAUCGCGCACAUCGCCGGUCAAAGCAAAACACUGAAACCUCGAUUCCAAAUCGAACCCCGAGUCCGGACUCCGGAGGCUUCGUUUCAAAUGCGCGAGGCGCGUACUGCCGCCGCACGCCACCGAUGACCCUCGACGCGACGGAAGCCGGCGGCGGCGGGGACCUCUUCGCCGCUAACCUCAAGGGCUCGCUCCUCGCCAUCGCCUCCUCGGCGUUCAUCGGCGUUAGCUUCAUCGUCAAGAAGAAGGGCCUCCGACGCGCGGGUGCCGCCGGCGCCCGAGCAGGUGUCGGAGGGUAUGGCUAUCUCUUGGAGCCACUCUGGUGGGUCGGGAUGGUCACCAUGCUUGUUGGAGAGAUUGCAAAUUUCAUUGCUUACAUGUUUGCGCCGGCAGUCCUCGUCACACCGCUGGGCGCACUCAGCAUUAUUGUGAGUGCUGUUCUAGCUCAUUUCACACUGAACGAGAAGUUGCAUCGGGUGGGUGUGCUGGGCUGUGGUCUCUGCAUUGUUGGGUCAACGAUGAUCAUUCUACAUGCCCCCCAGGAGAGGACUCCUAGUUCCGUGGAACAGAUUUGGAACCUGGCAACACAGCCUUCCUUCCUUUGCUAUGCUGCCAUUGCAGUGGGGGUGUCCCUGUUCCUCAUGCUAUACUGUGCUCCACGCUAUGGACAGACAAACAUAAUUGUUUAUGUUGGGAUUUGUUCAGUUGUUGGAUCCCUGACGGUAAUGAGCAUAAAGGCUGUGGGCAUUGCCAUUAAGCUAACAAUCGAAGGAAUAAAUCAGGCCGGCUAUUUCCAGACGUGGGUGUUUGCAGUGGUUUCCACAACAUGUAUAGUUAUUCAAUUAGUUUACCUGAAUAAGGCACUGGAUACUUUCAAUACAGCAGUUGUCUCUCCCAUCUACUAUGCCAUGUUCACGACCCUCACCAUCUUAGCAAGUGCCAUAAUGUUUAAGGAUUGGUCUGGGCAGAGAGCAAGCAACAUUGCCUCUGAGAUUUGUGGAUUUCUUACGGUUCUUGCUGGCACUGUUGUGCUACAUUCUACUAGAGAACCUGAUCAAACUGUAUCAGCAGACCUGUAUGCACCACUCCCGCCAAAAAUAUACUGGCAUAUCCAAGGGAACGGCGAUGUUGGGAAGCAAAGAGAAGAUGACCCCCUUACAUGCGAAUUCAUCACUGUUGUGCGGCAAGACUACUUUGUGUAGGGAUCAUCCUGGAUGCUUGGUGUUACAUGUGUUCUUUCUGAGACCCUCUGCUGCAGUUGUAGACAGAAUCUGGUGUGCACCCAUGAACACCAGGUCGAAGCAAUUCCAAAUUUUUGUAGAAAUUGUGACCAGCACACAGUUUCUGAGCCAGUGUCCACAAUAACACCUAGCAUUCUAGCCUGACAAUGCCUUGUAAGAUAUUGUAGGAAGUGUUUUCUGCCCCCAUCCGAGUGUAAAUUAUGUAGGUUUUCUUUCUAUUGCUGUAUCCUAUCAUGUGUUUUUUGAAGUUAAGCCUUUUUGGGUCCCAGAAGUGUAUUAUAUUUGUGCAGUCCGUUGGUGUGUUAGAGGUCUGUAUUUGUGCUUCUGCAUUGUAUGUAAAACCCGUAGCUCAGCGAGGUUUUGAAAUCAAGCAAAUCAAGCUAGCUGCUUGCCUUGAUCAUGUUUA